AUGGGACCAUCGCAGGAACCCUCUUCAUCCGCCUUUCCCUCCCUCGAUCCCAUCAUCAUGGACGACGACAUGGAGUCCACCUUCCGCAACGCCAACAUGGACUUCCUGGAUCCCACAAAACUUGAGAUGUCCGCAGAAAACGGUGGUGCUGAAUUCGACGACUUGUUCGCUCGGGCAACAACCUCGCAUACAAAUGGCACCUCGGGGCAUGCGAAACCCUAUCACGACGAAACCCCCCUGAGACAGGUGCCUGCUCUAGCGGCAGACUCGCCAGCGGAGUCUGCAGAUGAUUCGAGUCGCAGUUCUUCGUCCGAAUCGCCCCGGAAUCACAUCCGACACACUUCGAUCGCCUCCACGAAUUCCGCCGCGCAUAGUGAAAACCCCAUGGCCUCUGCAAACUACUCCACCGAAGACUGGAUGCGCCCGGAGUUAUCAUCAGUGAAGGAGGAGUCACCGUUCAACAUCGAUUCGUCUUUCCACAUGGACGCCGGAUUUUCCGCAGACCCUGAUUUGGAGGUCAGUAACAAGGCAAUGGACGCAGCCUUCGAUUUCGAAAGCGCCGCGAGUAGCCCAAGUCCGUUGAAAGUAGACAAUGGAUCCCUUCCGAGACCGCACAAGCGAUCAAAAUCUCAACUCUGGAGCCCUUCAAGUAAUCAUGCCGCGCUGGCACCAGACGUCGCGCAGUCGAUUCAAGCACCCGGGUCUCCAUUCUUCGCGUUCGGACUGAACAAUCAGUCGCCGUACUCCAACACAAUGCAUCACGAUCUAGAAGGUGCGCCGCCGCAAUGGGGCGGACAGUCUCCAUCUUCGAUUCUGGAAGAAAGCUUCGGAGGAAUCAACAUGAACCACCAGUCGCCUUUGAACGCCUCACUCUCUCCCGGAAUGAACUUCGGCACUCCUCCCUCAUACCCGGUACCAAUGAGCUUUGCUUCAUCCCCGGUUCAGCCUCAGAUGAACUCAACGAAUCCACUUCAACCUGUUCUUACAGUGCACCCAACGUCUUUGAAAUCGCGUGUUGAGACCCAGAUUCCCAUUCGAUUGACCCUUUCCCCUCUACCGUCUGGCGUUAGGAAACUUCGACUUCCUUCGCACACAAUCUCGAAACUCAAGUUCCUUGCACCUCCUGCCACCGAGCCGACGCCCGAUACACUUCAAUUGUAUACAAGCCUGGUUUGCACAAGCGCCAUGCAAGAUCGCGAAAAGAUAAAGCGAGCAUUUUCACGUACUAGAGGAGAACAAUAUCAACCAACUUCGGACGAUGAACGCCCACUGGAUGGAGGUGACGUGAAGAUCUGCAGUGGAUGCAUACAGCGGGAGCGAAAGCGCGCCUCCCGGAAGAAGCAAAGGAAGCCCGAAGAGGAUGAACUGUUCCAAAAAGACGAAGAGAAGAGAGUCAUUGUUUUCAAUACAAGCGAGAUCAAGGAAUGGACGGAGCCACCGAAGAACGCCAGUGGUGGCUAUGGCGACGCCCCAGUGCCGCCAGGAUCCAUGCAGGUAGAGCUUCCUAUGCGGAUUGCUUGCUACUGCCGUCACCAGAACGAGAAACUCGGUUUCCAGGUCAUUUUCACUGUGAAAGAUCAUUCAGACAAUGUUGUUGCGCAGGCAAUCACCAACUCGAUCAUGAUCACCGAUGACCACAAAACCCAGGCUCCGUCUGCGCCAGCGCCAACUGGACCAUCGCCUUCACUUGCAGAUGGCACACAAGUCCCAGGAGUCAGUGUGUUCGCUUCGGGUCAGAACGAAAAUGGGAAGAGUCCCUUUGCACCCCAAUCGCCAACCGAUCUACAGGGUCUCCAACAACGGUUCAACUCUCAGUACCAACUCACGCCCAGUUCGUUCACAGCUCAGGGCUCAACAAACGGGGGGCCUGUGCUCCACCAAUCUCGAAGCCUCUCUCGAGGGGCAUCACCAUCUGAUUUCCAAGGGCCCCAAAGCAAACGACGCAAACACAGCAGCUCUGGGAGACUCCCAUCAGAACUGACAAUGACCCGCCUCGAGACGCCACAGUCAUCUGCCGCGGCUAUGAAUGCCGCUCAACUUGCCGCCGCUCGAGGUUUCGCUUCUCCAUCCGAACAACCAUUUGUAACACCUUCCUCCAUGUCGGGCCAGUAUGGAAACGGCCCGCCGACUCCCAACCAAAGCAAUGACAACAAUCCCUUCUUCAACCCCACUCCUGCCCAGCGCCAAAGCUUGGACAAUCUGGCCGGUGGAGCAAUGGGCUCAACCCCCAACUCUGCUCACCCCAGUCGACCCGGCACGCCAGGCGGAUCGAACCGCAACGGCUUCCAGGACCCUAGUAUCGCUCUUGGGCUCGGUGCAAACUCUUCAAGCCAGGUCUGGCCUCUCAACGCCGCUCCCACGCGUUUGCCAUCGGUGAUUCACAAGUUGGUCCCUUCUGAAGGUUCCAUCACUGGAGGCACUGAGGUAACUUUGUUGGGAAGUGGGUUCUAUCCCGGCAUGGAGGUUGUCUUCGGUGACACGCUGGCGACUACAACCACCUUCUGGGGUGACAAGUGCCUCAACUGCCUGACCCCUCCUGCUCUCCAGCCAGGUCUGGUCUCUGUUGUAUUCAAGCACGAACACCCUAUCUUUGGUCAGGUCCAACAGCACCAAGCCUUGAUGCCUAAGCAGCAGCUGUUCUUCCGUUAUGUUGACGAUCGUGAACUCCAAAUGUAUCGCUUAGCACUCAACAUUCUUGGCCAAAAGCUGGGCAGUCAGGCGGAUGCGUUCCAAACCGCGCGGCAGAUUAUGGGCAGCGAUCCUAAUGCCUUCUUCAAUAUGCAGGCAGAUAUGCAAGGCAAUAGCUCUUCUGGGGGUCAGCAGCGUCAAGUACCAGGUCUUGAGAAUCAAGGUAAACUCAGCGAUAUGGACUCGAAGAUGCUCACCUAUCUCGAGUUCCUUGACCUUGAUGAUAGUCCUCGUCCUCCUCGCUACAACUCCCGCAGCACAACAGGCCAAAGCCUACUUCAUUUCGCGGCUUCGCUGGGCCUGACAAGGUUUGUUGCGGGUCUGUUGGCCCGGGGUGCAAACCCUGAUGUGCAAGACAACGUCGGCAAUACACCGAUGCACUUGGCCGCACUCAAUGGCCAUGCUCACAUUGUCCACCGACUUCGUCUUACAGGCGCCAAUGCCAAUGCUCGCAGCGUGCGAGGUUUCACUCCCGCGGACCUGGCGACAACGCUCCCGGCGCACCAGGCUGCUUUGCUGCCAGCCCGGACCUAUCGGUCUCGCAGCGUUGGAUCCCUUACCUCGCGCCGUCGGCAGAGUAGCUCAGCCUCGCUCAGCUCUAUGUGGGAAGUGUCAUCAGCAUCGGGCUCUCUUGGUCAUGCUGCUGGCGAUUCAGAAGAAUUGGACGACGAGGAAGAAACAACGGACGAUUCGGACUCCGAGCCUUUGCAUUUCAGCUCUUCUCGUCGCUCAAGUAUGCAUCAAGACAUCAGUCCCCCGAUCGCCGAUACCAGUGAACAGAGCGCCACCUCCGGUGAUCCGCCGGCACCUCUGGUCGCCUGGCGUGAUCAGCUGGCUGUUCAGAUCACCCAAUUCCAGCAGAGCGUCGCCAACGCCUUCCCCAACCUUCCUGCCCUCCCUCCAAUGCCUCCAAUGCCCGCUAUCCCUGCUCUCCCUGAUUACCAGGGUCAAGGUAUGAUGCGCCGCAUCACCAAUCUCGUACCUAACCGGCCCACCGCCGGGGACGGCUGGUGGGAUUACCUCAAGGGCAACACAUCACCCAACCCCAACCAACCGCCCUCAUACGAUGAGCUUUUCCCACACCCUGAUCCCACCGCCGAGGAUUCGGAUAUCAAGAAGUCGACCCUUCUGCGCGCCGCGACAGAGGCAGCUAUCGACCAGCAUUUCGAAGCGGAAAGCAGCAACGCCGCUUCAACAUCCCAGCUCGCACCCGCUGUUGUCUCCGAAGUCAAGGAAGAACUCAAAGACAUUACAAUUGGCCGCAAGGUCAUCUCACACGAGCAGCAGAAGCACCUCCGUGAGCAACAGGCUCAACGCAUGAAGGGCCUGCGCAGCGAUCGCAAUCUUUACUUUGUCUGGAUUCCCCUUCUUCUGCUGGUUAUUUGCGCAUGGGUCCGUAACUACGUUCCCGGAAUCUGGAAAGGCGUCACGGAUACGUUUGAAUUUGUGAAAGCCCGCUCUUCACAGCAGGCUGUGGAGGUGGGUAUUUAG